CACCACCACUACAAGCUGACCCGCCUCACAGAAUAUACGCUUCUAUCUAAUGUCCAUCUGGUGACUGGAGGGAUUAAUAUGGGUGGUAAUAUAAGUCAGAAGAAGGGCAGCGGGCGAGCCAGCGCGAGGAGUCACACCCACAGCGUCACCUCUGACUCAGAAGGCCAAUUCGACACGCCUGAAGCAGCAACUCCUGUCCACGGCCCUGCGACCUCCCCGCAAGAGCUGGAGAACAACAACACUGAUGCAGACAAAACAGAUGCGGAUCACGAGGAGCAGUUAAUAGUGACUGCUCCUGUUUGGGAUCAAGAUAUUUUCCUCAACCACAACAUGGGUCAAGAUGAGCCUGCAGUCCCCAUGGGGGGCCCACUGGAAGUUAACAUCCAGACCCUCGAAGCAGAACAAACAGAAGUCCAUGACUCUGUGGCUGUUGCUCCAUCCUCAGUGAAGGAACUUGCCGAAGUGGCUGAAUGCACAGCGCCGUCAACAGAGCCAUGCCGAGCCCCAGUCCUAGUUGCAGAUUCUACCCCGGAAGUGGCUCCAGCUCCUACUUUAGCUUCUGCUUUAGAACCUGCUCCUACUUCUACUCCUGCUUUAGCUCCAGCUCCUGCUCCAGCAUUAGCCCUGGAAACAGACUCUGUCCAUAGCAGUGAACCUGCAGUCCACACAGCUCCAGACCCCCCUGAGCAGAAACCUCUCACUCAACCAGAACCACAGUGCAAUGGCCUGGACCAGAUGGAGCCUACUCAGAAGACUAAAACCAGCAAGUCUAAGCCUCCACCCCUGAAGGUAAAGGCCUCUUUGAUCGAGCUUCCCCAACCAAAUGAGGAACAAGAACUUCCUGUUCCCAUGGGCACUUAUAAAUUCGACCCUGACCAGCUGGAUGAGAGCUUUGACCCCUUCAAGUGCGGCGGAUCCAAAAUCCAGAACUCUCCCCCACCGUUCGGUUCGAGCUUGAUGCCCAGACCCGAGCCAAUCGGUGGCUCCACGCCUGUGUGUGAGGCCGGCUCAGCAGCUCCAGCAGAAGCCGAGGUGAUGGCGUCAUCGUCAGAGGCCAAGUCUGUGAUGCUGGAGUUCGGCCUGGACGAGGGGACGGUCAGAAAGCCACCGCCGAGGAAGUUGGGUGGUAAAAAGUCAACCGGCAAACUUGGAGCCAAAAGACAGAAAGCCAAAGGAUCCGAGGCUCCCUGCAAACCCGCGCCAGAACCCACACUCUCAGAACCAGCAUCAGAACCAGUUCCUCAAACAUUAUCACAACCAGUUUUGGAUCCUCUUCCAGAAACUCCUUUGCCAGUUUCAGACUCUACUGCGCCAGUAAACCUCGAUGAUAUUCCUAUUGCUAAGUCGGGAGUGUAUAACUUUGAUCCAAGUCAGUGGGACGAUCCAAACUUCAAUCCGUUCGGAGGCAGUAGUGCAACAGGUAGCUCUCCGUUGCCCCCGAAGAGCUCCUACAGUUUUGAUCCGGACAAUUUGGAUGACUCCGCGGACCCUUUUAAACCCUCUAAAUCUAUAAGCACCGAGGACUCUUCCAGUAGCCCCCCUCGGCCGGAGAACAAAGGGAAAGACGGAAGCAAGCAGAAAGCAGGCCACCCGGCCGGAGAGAAGAAAGUCAGGCAGAUUCCCAAGAAAAACAAAGAGAAGACGAUCACCCCCCGGACAUCUGAACAAGUCAAGUUUCUCUGUUUUCUGUUGAAUCCCUGUAAAGUUCAGAAAUACGAGGACAGCCAGUCCUUGGUGCUUGACGUCUGCAAUCAGGAAGAGGAGGAGGAGGAGGAUGAGGUGGUGGUUCACACCCCAGAGAUUAAUCAGAGGGUUCAUCACGCCACUGAUGAGGAGAAGCUUGCCUCCACUGGCAUUAAGGGCCAGACAACAGACCAGGAGGAGGGAGGAGAACCUGAAUGCAAAAAAGCACCUGUGAGGAAAUAUCCAAUCGAUGAUAUUUCUUUCAUGGAUGGUCUUGACAUUAAGAUUACAGAUCAUAAGGAGGAGAAGGACCCCUGCAGCCUGAAAGAGGAUAUGAGUGAGAUAUCUAUGAUCCAAACAAUAAAGAUGGCCAGCGCUGAGGUCCAAGCCACAGCAGCUCUGUCUGCAGGACAGGACAACAUGUAUCUGAGUGAGAUGGACAAAGCAGGAGUGCUCAGCUUGAUUAGAGAAGAGAUCAUCACUAAAGAAGUUGAGGUCAGUGAGUGGAAGAGGAAGUAUGAGGAGAGCAGAUCUGAGGUUUUGCAGAUGAGGACAAUAGUUGCAGAGUAUGAAAAAACAGUUGCACAGAUGAUUGAGGACCAGCAGCAGCAGAAGUCGCUGUCCUGCAGUAAGUCAGUCCGGCAGUUGACCGCAGAGAGGGACCAGGCCAUAGCCGACCUCAACUCGGUGGAGCGCUCCUUCGCUGACCUCUUCAGGAGGUACGAGAACAUGAAGGGAGUCCUGGAGGGCUUCAAGAAGAAUGAGGAGGUGCUGAAGAAGUGCGCACAGGACUACUUGAUGCGGAUCAAGCAGGAGGAGCAGCGUUACCAAACCCUCAAGGUGCAUGCUGAGGAAAAAUUGGACAAGGCUAACGAGGACAUAGCCCAGGUACGUGCCAAGGCCGACUCUGAGAGCGUCGCUCUUAACGCCAGCCUGAGGAAGGAGCAGAUGAAGGUGGACUCACUAGAUAGAGCUGUCCUUCAAAAGAAUCAAGAGAUCGAGGAGCUCACAAAAAUAUGCGAUGAAUUGAUCGCCAAGCUGGGAACAGAAUAAGAGGCCUUUAAUUACACCCUUUCUCUCUCUUGAUGUAAAUACUGUACAUGAUCACACAUAAGCACACCUUUUUCUCUCUCCCUGCUCACAAUCUUUAUUGCAAAUGAACAACCACCUUUGGAAUACAGAUGGUUGCUGUUGUAACACUUAUUUAAAAAAUCAGGGCAAUUAUUUUUCUAACUUGGUAUACUGGCUCAUGGCAGUUAAAGAGGCACAACUUAUCAAAGGCAUGUUUUGAUUAUUUAAAAAAUGUAUUGAUCUUUCGCGGAGGAUAUACAGUAAUUUAAUGGCACUGUUGUGUGUGUGCAUCCGCAUUCGCAUGACAAAGACAAAUGACAAAUUUCUAUUUCUGUUUAUACAGUGUGUUGGGCACAAAACUGUAGGAAAUAACAAGGGAGCUGAGGGAGAGAGGAUGUAAACACACAGCAUGCACAUCUUUUAGCACAGUGCGUCUAGACUGUACUUGAAUGUAUAACAAUACAAAAGAAAUAGACUGAUACAAAAAUAAUCCCUCUCAACCCUCACUUAUGAACCACUAGAGGUGUAUUACGAUAUCUAUAUCUCCCUGACCCCUGCCUGUAUUUCCUCCUGUCGUCUGAUUUUGCUCCUGUGGGCGUCUGCAAAGAAAGUAACCCCACAGCCAAUAAUCACGGUGUGGGGCCCGUUCUCCCUCCCAGGUCAAACAGACCAGUCCGACGCAGACGGGUCCAUUUGGGAUGAGAGGUGCCUUGGGCUGUUUAACAUCAGGCAUCCCACAGAAGGUUUGUGAAGAGGUGCAGAUGUGCUUAUUUGUGCUUCAAAACAUAAAUGCAGUGAAACAAUGACAACAUCUCACUCCCCCUCUCUCGCCUGUCGAGCUGGUGAGAAUUUGACUACAUAUUCUACCUUUAACUGUGUGGGCGAUGCCGUCUUUAUCAAGGACAUGUCUCUAUUGAUUGACUUAACUGGCCCUUGAGUAUUGGUUUCCUGGCCUAUAGAUAUGUCUUGCUGCCAUUUAUUUUGUGAUACAGUUUAGUUAUUUUAGUUUUCUUCUUUCAUCACCAAAUUAACUAUAAGGUAAUUCAUAUUACUUGUAUACUUUAUAUAGUAUUAGUAUUUCUUAGGUUACCUUUGAGUUUGUUUGUCUUUGUUCCACACUUUAACAUACAAGUGAGUGGCAUAGUGCUACCAUAAAAUUGUAAUAAUUUCAUGAUGCAUCUGGGUUACAAUGCAGGAACGUUAAAACUAUUAAGCUGUUGCCAUGUACAUAUUUUUGGAUUGUAUUCCUAUUUUGUGUGAACUGAUGUUGCUGGCGUGCCUUUAUGAAGUUUAUUUUGUAACAUUGUGGCCAACGUUUGCUGUACAGCUGUACAGUAUAAAUGUUUUAUGAUCAAAAACAUCCAGAACAGUUAUAUUGUGGAAUGUCUGUGAUCAACCAGAGUUAAUCAGUAAUAUGUAAAAAUUAUUAUAAUAAUAAUAAAAACAAUACCCUCAUUGCUAACGUAAGCAUUUUGUGGUCCCAAUGAAUUUGAGGGAGCGCACAGGUUAAUUUGAUAUAUAAUGGACAGAUUCUUCUGUGGAUGCCUUGUUUCGUCAGCACAAUCAAUUGCCAAAUGUCCUUGUAAAAUUACAUGAGAGUGACUGUGUCCUAUUAUAGUGGUCUUACAUUAGUCUGAAAGUGCUUUUUCAUGAAAAUACAUUGUUAAAGUACAAUAUGUGUACAUUUUAUACUUUAUGAAAAGAAUAUUGUUCUUAAUAUUUGUAAAAAUAAAAUAAUUAAGUAUACCCAGAUUGUAUGUUAACAGCUAUAUUUUGUGCAAUCCUCAAUAAAUGGAUAAAAUGUAA